AUAACCUCCAACUGUCAAUCUACUUUACAAAUUGCUUUUGUCAAAUGACGAUAUUUUGACAAAUACAAAAAAUAUGGCGACGAUUUGCAAUUCUCGAACAUAUGAUCGGUAGCGCAGAACUCAUGCGCAAAGAACGUCCCUGGUAGCAAUUAGCAUCUCUCUAACUCUCUACUAUCAGUCACCCAAGAAUUAUCCAAAGGGUGUACAAAUGUCCGCCCUGCAGGUAUAUCGAAAAAUGAUAACGUUCACAUGCCUGUCGGUAGACGUUAAAGUACGUGUCUUUUGGAUAAUUUGUAUGUAACUUCCUAGAAAUUGCUCCAUGAUUACUUCAAAAAUUAUAAUUGAUUGCCUGAAGAUAGUAAAAAAAACUAGCGGGAUUAAAAAUAAAGAAAGUGUGAAAACUUUUUAAACUAUAGAUGGAAAUUAAUCCUUUGAGUGUAAUUCUCGUUAAGAGUGACAGCAAAGGAGACCGAAUGUUAUUUCGUUAUCCAUUCAGUCCAAACAACGAAAGAGAUUCGAGCCAAUGUACGAAACGGAAAAAUCCGUACUCUAUAACCAUCGCUGAGGAUCUGUUGCAGUCUUUGCCGUUACCAACUUCCAACAUAACUAAUGGCAAUUUGACUGGUUUACCAGACGAAGUUCUGUCAACAUUAUUUGCGGUGAAACUUGAAUUGUGCGAAACAAAAUUCGAGUUGAAAGUAAACAAUGUCAGAUUUGUGGGACAUCCAACUUUGCUUUAUUCGAGGGGCCUCAACGAAGUUAAUUCCAGCAUGCUCUUCAAUGUGGUUUUUGCCCUGCAAGCCCAAGCCGACCAAUCCGUCGUUAAAUGUUACUAUGAUUUGAGCAAACGAUUGGGAAUCGCUUUAAGACACGAAGAAAAGAGAUGUGGAUUUCUCAAGGAUGAAAUCAAAAUGAUGGUAUUGACGCAUGAUGAGGUUGCUACACGAUCCGGAGAAGAGAGUGACUGCGACGAAUCGCCUUACGAAUUGAUACUGCAACGAAGUUUGUUGGCAAAAGAUCUCAAAUCGGCAUUCAACAGUCUUUGCACGUCAGGAGUAAUAAACAUGAUGAUAAACAAAUGGAUACAAGUGAGUUUUUGCUUACCUCAGAAAGUUCAUCAGUCUCACAAAAAAGGUUUCAUUAUGAACCCUGAGAUAAUCGAUAGGUGUUUGAACAGUUUGCGACCUUAUCACGGUUUAUUGCUGCUUAUCGAGCCACUCGAUUUGCUGGAUUCGUUGCCAGCCGACUCGUCGCCGGCUCUCCGAAGGAUGAUACAAAUGUACAAUCCACUCAAAAGUCUCCAAACUCUUGCAGCCGAUUCCGAUCUCUCGUUAUCACAAGUUUUUCAACUAACGGGACAUUUGGUUUACUGGGCAAAAGCGACCAUAAUCUAUCCACUUUGCGAGAGUAACGUUUACGUUGUUUCACCCGAUGCCGUCAUCUCGAACCAACUUCUGGAAUCAUUCUCCGAGCAAUUUCCUGGUCUUUGCCUUUUACAAAUAAUCAGCGAGUUCUCUUUGCCCACUUCCAUCAGCCAAAAGCUGAAUCCCUUGAGCCAACCCCAACAACAAUCGCAGCUCGUUAAAAUUAUUAUUUGGCUACUGAAAAAUCAUUUGUUGCUGCAGUUACACACUUACGUACAAUACAUGCCGACAGUCAAUGGCCGCAAUCCGUUGGAAACUAUGAGUCAGGAUGGCUCGAGUCCGACCGGUGUAACGGAGAACGAUAACAGCUGGAGUUUGAACAACACACCGAAAGGAACACCGAGCGAAUCGAAGGAGGAUAACGCGCUCGCGAUACGAAAGGACGACGGACUGUUCGAAUACACGUCAGAUAACUUCCCGAUGGCUUCCGACGACAUAAUGUUGCUCGACAGGCUGUGUAGAUUAUCCAAUAGCAUUCGAAGUUCCAUUCGACGAUUUAGAAGAGACCGGGCCGAAGAAGCCGUUGCCACCGAAACUGCAACGCCUUCAAGAGCAACAGAGCCCAGAGCCCGAAGAAACGAUGGAAAAGCUGCAAAAACGUUUAGCGGAUGCCGAUCACAGGAGGCAGCAGAUUUUAAUAUCGAGGGUGAACUCGGCCCAACAGUUCCAAUUGAAGAAUCGUACAGCAAGUAGCAAUUAACGUCCACCGUUAAAAUUCAACGAAGUUAUGAGGAAGUGUGAUUUAGAAGAAUCUUUAUAAAAAUUUAAUAUUAGAAUAAAUUCAUAUAAAUAAUGAUAAUAACGAUCAAACUUAUCUGAAUAAAACGCACACGUUGUUGUUUAAUUUUAUAA